AUGAGUACCCCCGUGAAGAGGAAGCCCCAAUCGCCAACGCCUGGAAGCCCGGAUGUCGCCAAAGCGAAGACAUCAACCCCUGGCGCUACAUCCCCUGAACCCGCAUCUCCCGGUGCAGCAUCUCCUGCUGCGAGGACGGCGAUCGAGCCGACUGACGCCCUCCCUGGCUCACAUUGGCUUCAGCAAGGCCUUCCGCAGCUAGACGACGGUGAUGAUACAGACUCAUCCCUAGGAAGUGACGCUGACAGUUCGACUGCCUCGAUUUCUUCGAGCAUCCUGAACUACCGUACCAUCAAUGGCCGGACUUACCACAGCGACUCCGUAACCGACGGGGAGUACUGGGGUCCUAACGAUUCCAAACACAUCGAAGCCCUCGAUAUUAUCUACCACGCCUGCGAUCUCAUGCUUGGUGGAAAACUACAUCAGGCACCGCUCGUAGAGAGCAACCUUAAGAAUGCCGUUGAUAUCGGUACAGGCUCAGGAAUAUGGGCUAUCGACUUUGCCGACAAAUACAACAACUGCAAGGUGGUCGGUACCGAUAUUUCGCCUGUCCAGCCUAGCUGGGUCCCCCCCAAUCUCGAGUUCGAAAUCAAUGACGCUACCAAGGAGUGGACCUUCCGAGAAGACCAUUUCGAUUUCAUCCAUAUGCAGUUUCUGAACGGGGCCUUUGGAGAUUUGACGGAAGUCUACAAAGAGGCGUACCGGUGCUGCAAGCCUGGCGGCUGGCUCGAGCAUUCUGAUCUUUCGACAAUGAUCAAGUCUGACGAUGGCACUGUUCUUCCGGAGUCUGCAUGGGGCCAGUGGGGUAAAUUGUUCGAUGAGGCGGGCAAGAAGAUCGGAAAGAUCAUGGCGAUGGCUGACAAUGGCCUGAUGGAGAAGGCGAUGAGGGAUGCCGGCUUUAUAAACGUCGAAGUCAAAAAUUUCAAGAUGCCUACCUCGCCCUGGCCAAGGGACCCGAAGCAAAAGGAAGUUGGUCUCUAUUAUUACGCGGCGAUCUCGUCUGAUGCUGAAGGUGUCAUGCAGUUCAUGUUUGGAAAUGUAUUGGGAUGGACACAGGAGCAGAUCGCGGUAUUCGCUGCUCAUGCGCGCCGAGAAUUGAAGGAUAUGAGCAUACACGGAUAUGUGAGGUGGCAGGUGGUGUACGGUCAAAAGCCGGAGUAG